GGUGCGCGGGUGCUCCCCGGCCCCCAUGAAGCUGCGGGACGCCCCUUCCGUCUGCCCGUCCCUGUGGCGCUGGUUGCCGUGCCCGCCGGCCGAGCUGCGCCUGGACCUGGUGCUCUCCUCGGGACAGAGCUUCCGGUGGUGGGAGAGCAGCCCGGGGGCGUGGACGGGUGUGCUAGGGGGCCGCGUCUGGACACUACGGCAGGACGGGGAUCGGCUCUGGUACACGGUGUACGGCGAGGAGGAGGAGGAGGGGGAUGAGUGCCCGGCUAAAGCAGCGAAGCUGAACGCGGCAGAGACGGACCGGAUCCUGCGUGACUACUUCCAGCUGGACGUGGGGCUGUCGGCCCUGUACCAUGCCUGGGGGGCGGCCGACCCCCUGUUCCGCAAGGUGGCCAAUGACUUCCCAGGGGUGCGAGUGCUGCGGCAGGACCCCGUCGAGUGCCUCUUCUCCUUCAUCUGCACCUCCAACAACCACAUUUCCCGCAUCACUGCCAUGAUCGAGCGCCUCUGCCAGGCCUUCGGCCGCCACCUCUGCUGCCUCGAUUCCCGGCCCUUCCAUGCCUUCCCAUCCCUCUCGGCGCUCACAGGUGCUGAUGCCGAGGCCCGGCUGCGGGCGCUGGGCUUUGGGUACCGGGCCAAGUUUGUCAGUGGGAGUGCACGGGCCAUCGCUGAGGGGCUCGGCCCCGAGGGGCUGUGCCAGCUCCGCACCGCGCCCUAUGCCGAGGCCAGGAGGGUGCUGUGUGCCCUGCCUGGCGUAGGUGCCAAGGUGGCCGACUGUGUCUGCCUGUUGUCCCUGGACAAGGCGGAGGCGGUGCCUGUGGACACCCACGUCUGGCACAUCGCACAGCAGCGCUAUGGCGUGGCGCUGGGCGGCAAGAGCCUCACCCCCCGGGCCUACCAGGAGAUCGGUGUUCACCCUCUUUCCGCAGGCGACUUCUUCCGGGGGCUGUGGGGCCCUCGUGCCGGCUGGGCACAGGCAGUCCUGUUCUGUGCCGACCUCCGCAAGGGCCAGAAGCCAGCCGGCAGCCAGCAUCAGGCCUGAGAGAGCCGAGGCUGGGACAGCUUUGGGGGUGGGCUCCUCUAGGGACACCCCAGGAGGAACAGAGACUUGAGUGGGACACUG